GGGCCGGCCCGAGGGGUGGUGCUGAAGGUCCCUCAUUUUCAGUCCCUCGCCCUGCAGACCCUAGGACUCGACCUCACACUUAAGACCGAGCCGCUGGGGCUGAGCCUGGAGGCCGCCCUCAGGUCAUCCACGCGCCCUUACAUAUCAUGGGAACGCCUUAGGGAAGUCACCAGAGGCCUGAAUGGCAAACGCGCUCACAGCGAAAGUCCUUCGCCUCCUCCUGACGCGGUCGACGCUCACUCGUGUUCGACGUCAUCGUCACUGACGACGCGAGCGACGACGCCUGGACUUACGUCGAUGUUGUCACCGUCAGGUCACUCGUUAGUGUCAUCGUCAUCCUCCCCCUCCUCGUCCCCCGGCUCCCCUCCAGCAGCAGUUCAGCACAACAGAGGGCUGGGCAGGACAGCUGCAUCGUCUGCUGAUUAUUCGGACGCCUUGCGCAGACGGAAAGUCCACAAAUGUGACUUCGUUGGCUGCGAAAAAGUCUACACUAAAAGCUCGCACCUUAAGGCCCACAAGAGAACGCAUACUGGCGAGAAGCCCUACCAGUGCACAUGGGAAGGCUGUCUGUGGAGAUUCGCGAGGUCCGAUGAACUGACGAGGCAUUACCGUAAGCACACCGGACAGAAGCCCUUCAAGUGUCAGCUCUGCCAGAGAUCUUUUUCCCGAUCAGACCAUUUGUCUCUGCACAUGAAGAGACACUGAUUGAUGGUGUGCCGAUGCAAAGAAAGUAGGGCGUAACAAUUGAAUCAUGUCGGUGAACGAGGACAACAUCGAAUCCAAAGUUUGUGUUGAUUUGCUUUUACAAGAGAACCUCACCAAGUGGACAUAUGGCCACGGUGUGACUUCAGGUGAAGUGAUACGUGAUUUCCAAAAUGGUGUAUAUGAACGAUAAGGCUUUUACGAUCUUUUCCUAAUUAUGUGAUUGCAGAACAUCGUAUCCUAGUUAACCAUCCCAUUGCUGCAUUUACAAGCCUUAAAAAGAACUUGUGAACAUUAAUCGAUAGAUCAGAAGUGAACCGCAACAGAAGAAGUUUAUUAUGUACAGAAACAAAUUUAAGACGACCAUUGCAAGGAAGUACUAGGCCUCCCUCAAAUAACAGCAAGUCAGAUCAACUUGAACGUUCUAAUACAAGAUGAUAACCAGACUCUGCAACUCGAGGUUCCACAGCCGCCACAGCCUAGAGACAAAAGUCUAGAAAAAAGUAAAAUUUUAUAAUUAAAAUGAAAGAAAGGGUUUCGAAC